AUGAUGGCCGACAGGAGAAGGAUCAAUGGGCCUCCUGGUGGCACAAGGCCAGCAGUAUUUGCCUCAAACCUACAAUCUGGCACGAGCGCCACAGACCGCGCUCAGCGCCAGCGACAACCUUCCGAGCUACGGAAAAUCUUCCUCAAGACUGGUCUAAUUCCCACGGCAUCGGGCUCUUCAUACCUCGAAUUCGAACCCUCAGCAUCUCUCGCCGCUGCUCGCGCCAAUCCCAAAUCUCUGAUCCCGCCUUCGUCAGCCUUGAAGCUGGCCUGCACAGUUCACGGACCUAAGCCUCUGCCCCGAUCUGCAGCAUUCUCUCCGAACCUUGUUCUUACAACACAUGUCAAAUACGCGCCUUUUGCCGCACGCCAGCGCAAGGGCCAUAUCCGCGACUCCAGCGAGCGUGAUCUCGGAGUACACCUAGAAACCGCUCUGCGUGGCGCAAUCAUUGCCGAACGCUGGCCGAAGAGUGGUCUUGAUAUCACAAUCACAAUUCUGGAAGCUGAAGACGACCGGUGGUGGGGAAGUGCGCCGGACUCGCACGACGCCUCGUGGGGUAUGAUGAACGUUCUUGCUGGCUGUAUCACUGCUGCUUCGGCCGCAAUUGCUGAUGCUCAUAUUGACUGUCUCGACCUGGUGGCUGGCGGUGUUGCUGCGAUCGUUUCGGAUGAACCUUCUGGGACUUCAACGGGGGUUCCCAAGCUCAUGCUGGAUACUGACCCUGCUGAGCAUCGUUCUAUUCUAUCUGCAUGUGUUGUGGCAUAUAUGCCUGCUCGGGAUGAGAUUACAGAGCUCUGGCUGAAGGGUGACAGCUCCAAGGCCUCCCUUGAGGAUGGUGAUACUCGGACAGGUCAUGAAGCAUUGAUAGACGGUGCUGUUGAUGCUGCCCGAGGAGCCCAUACCGUCUUGGCUGAAGCUGUACGGGAGUCUCUCCUCAGAACCGUGGGCCAAGCUUAA